AUGUGUCUGAACGACGCAGACAAUCGUCGACGCUACGCAAAACUGGCACGAGAAGUGUGGCAUAAGUCGAUGAUGGAGCUGCUCCGUCAAACAACCAAACUCUUUCCACCUGAAAAGACACUUGAUCUAAAUUCAACCUCCCCGGAAACUGUGGAGUACUAUCGAUCACUGCUGGAGAGGCUCCGACCAGGAAAUCUAUGCGAAAACAGUGAAAAGAGUGAAAAUGUAGUUUGGCAAUGGGGACGAAGGCUAUCCAAGUAG